AUGGAGGAGGUGAUGGACGAAGUGGUGGAGGAGGAGGUGAUAGAGGAAGUGGUGGAGGAGGAGGUGAUGGACGAAGUGGUGGAGGAGGAGGUGAUGGAGGAGGUGAUGGAGGAAGUGGUGGAGGAGGAGGUGAUGGAGGAGGUGAUGGAGGAAGUGGUGGAGGAGGUGAUGGAGGAGGUGAAGGAGCAAGUGGUGGAGGAGGAGGUGAUGGAGGAAGUGGUGGAGGAGGAGGUGAUGGAGGAGGUGAUGGAGGAAGUGGUGGAGGAGGAGGUGAUGGAGGAAGUGGUGGAGGAGGAGGUGAAGAAGGAGGUGAUGGAGGAAGUGGUGGAGGAGGAGGUGAUGGAGGAGGAGGUGAUGGAGGAUGUGAUGGAGGAUGUGAUGGAGGAGGUGAAGGAGGAGGUGCUGGAAGAGGUGAUGGAGGAGGUGAUGGAGGAGGUGCUGGAAGAGGUGAUGGAGGAGGUAGAGGAGGUGAUGGAGGAGGUGAUGGAAAAGGUAAUGGAGGAGGUGGUGGAGGAGGUGAUGGAGGAGGUGAUGGAGGAGGCGGAGGAGGUGGAAGAGGAGGUGAUGGAGGAGGUGGAGGAGGAGGUGAAGAUGGACUCGAUGUCUUGCGUCUGUCGGUGUGCCCCGGGGCAGCUGUGGCUUCAGAAGUAG